UAUAAAGCUGUUUGUGCAAAACUCUGGGGCACAGUUUUCCUUCAGCGGUCCAGCUGUAUCAAGAAUGAUUAAGUCUUGUCAGAACAAAGAAAUCUCUUCAACUGUCCUGGGAGAAGAUUUUCGAGGGGAGGAACUAUUGGAGGACAAAAACACAAAAGAAGUUGUGAAUGGCCAUUGCUUUUUCUGGCUGCAUUUAUGGACUGAAAAGAGGAAAAGGCACAAAGAAGCAGAAAAAGUAGUUGGAGGCUUUAUAAAUCAUAUUCCCGACAAAGAAAAUACAGUUGUGCAGUUUUCUUUGAAUCCUUUGCUGAAGUUUUAGCCUAAAUUGAUUGCUUUAAGCAGGCUUGAAAAUGCAGGGACAACGCCAGAGAAACAGAAGUGUGUAUCAACAGACAAUUGCACUUUUGUGGAAAAAUAUAAUUCUGAAAUGGAGGAUGAGGAUGCAAAGCUUUCAGGAGUGGUUCUCGGUGUUGGUUCUCCUCCUCGCAUUUUUAUUAACAACCGUGUCGUUAUACUAUGAGCCAGAUCAUGAAAUACCUCAGGCAUUCCUUGGUCAACUAGAUGAUCCUUCCUUCAAUUAUACAGUAUUUAGAAUCCUGUAUACUCCAAGAACAAAGAUGGCAAUGGAAAUCAUGGAAAAAGUAAAAACCACCUCUGUCAUGAAAGGUAUAAGAGUAGAACCGGUUGAAGAUGAAAAUGCAAUGGAAGCUGCGCAAAAGGAUGAAGAAGAUGAUGAAGAAAUUGUUGGAGUUGUUUUUCAGGACAACACUUCUUAUCGACUCAGAUUUUCUUUUCCUACAGUGGUUUCUCCAAGCGCUUAUGUUGAAGAAAUAGAUCACUGUUACAACUAUACAGCAGACUAUUGUAAAAAUCCAAAAUACUGGUUCCAAGGAUUUCUAUCACUGCAGUCCAGCAUAGACAGUGCUCUUAUUGAACUGAUCACCAAUCAUUCUGUUUGGGAUGAAAUGAAAUCUAUUGGUGGCAUCCGUAUGAGAUCGUCUUCUCUUACUCCUUCAGAGACCUUAGCAAACAACUUGACCUUUCUGGCUACAGUCCUGUGCUUCUCUCCAUUUUUGUACUUCUUGUCACAAAAUGUUUCAGGAGAAAAAAGGAAAUUGAAGGAGAUGAUGAAGACAAUGGGGCUACGAGACACAGCAUUCUGGCUAUCCUGGGGUCUGCUGUAUGCUGUGUACGUUAUGAUUUUGUCCUGUCCAUUGGCAUUUCUCUUGAUGAGUUACUAUUUGACUGCAAGCACCUUUCCUGCAAUAUUCUUUCUGCUCUUCCUUUAUGGCAUAUCAUGUAUAUGCUUCUGCUUCAUGGUCAGUUCCCUCCUAAAGAAGCCUAGGACCACUUCAUUCGUUGUCUUCCUCUUCAUGUUUACUUUUGGAGCCAUCAGCAUUGUUCUGUUGAUCAAUUUAGUUCCCGCAGCUUUGAAAUGGACUUUGAGUGUCUUCUGCCCCUUCGCCUUUGGUGCUGAACUGUCAAAGAUUAUCCACAUUCAAAAAUAUGGAGGAAACUUCACCUUGUCUAGCCUAAUGCAUGAACCAUGCACAUAUAUCCUGGUUUUUGACGGUGCUUUAUAUAUGUUGCUGGCCCUCUAUUUUGACAAGGUCAUACCUGACAAAUAUGGCGUGCCCUAUCCUCCCUUCUUUUUCCUGAAGAAGUCCUACUGGUUUAAAUCAAGAGGAAGCUAUACCAGCACUGCUCUUACAAAUGAACCAAGCCAUGGUAAUAUCUUCAGUGACAAUGCUGAGCUUGUGCCUCCUGAAUUUGAUGGAAAGGAAGCCAUUAGACUAAAUAACAUUAAAAAAACUUACAAAGCGAGGAGCGUGGAAACAGAAGCUUUGAGAGGCUUGUCCUUGGAUAUUUAUGAAGGUCAAAUCACUGCAGUUCUGGGUUGUAGUGGAGCUGGGAAAACGACACUGCUAAACAUACUCAGUGGACUUCUGAAGCCAUCUGAUGGCUCCGCCACCAUCUUCAAGUACAAUAUAUCAGCAAGGGAAGAUAUGGAACACAUUAGGGAAAUAAGUGCUGUGUGCCCACAGUUCAACGUGCAAUUUGAAUUCUUAACGCUGAAAGAAAAUUUAAGGACUUUUGCUAAAAUAAAGGGGAUUCCAAACAAUGAUGUUGAGAAUGAGGUGCAAAAGCUAGUGACUCUCUUGGAUCUCGAUGCCAUUCAAGACACCCAAGCUAAUCGUUUAAGUGGUGGGCAAAAGCGGAAGUUAUCUCUUGGGAUUACUUUCUUGGGAGAUCCACAGGUCUUACUAUUAGAUGAACCAACUGCAGGGCUGGAUCCUUAUUCUAGACACCAAGUGUGGGCCCUCCUGAAUGAGCGCAAAGCAGGUCGAGUGACUCUGCUCACUACUCAGUUAAUGGACGAAGCUGAUAUUCUUGCUGACCGGAAAGCAUUUAUCUCUCAUGGCAGGCUGUCUUGUGUUGGUUCAUCUUUAUUCUUGAAGAAAAAAUGGGGUGUUGGCUAUCAUUUAAGGAUGCAUGUAAAUGAGUUGCAUGACCCCGAGAGGACAACAUCCCUGGUCAAGCAAUACAUCCCUGCUGCCAAAUUAUCAGGACAACAUGAAAAUGAGCUGAGUUAUACCCUGCCCUUGGAAAACGUGGAUAAAUUUCCAGAUCUGUUCUCUGACAUGGACCGCCAGAAAGAACUGGGUAUUGUUAAUUAUGGGGUUACCAUGACAACUCUGGAAGAUGUCUUCUUGAAGCUGGAGGGAAAUGAAAUGAUUGAUGAAAAAGAGGGGCCAAAGGGUGCUGGUGAAAUGGAACAGGAUCUGCUAUUGCUCUCAGACACGGGAAAGGCAACCAUAAGAGGAUCAGAACUCUGGAGGCAACAAGUUUGCGCCAUAGCAAGAAUGCAAUUUUUAAAUCUCAAGCGCGAGAGCAAACUCUGGGGAACACUACUGCUCCUUUUUGGAAUUAUACUAGCACCUAUUGUCAUCCAGGUGAUGUUAUAUGCUCUUUGGGGGAGCCUGCAUUGUGCGGAGCUACAUCCUGGGCUUUAUUUUGAGCCAGGAAAGGAGUCUUUCAGAGGGUCUGCUGGACUUCUGAUCCUUAAUGAUACAGGUGCAAGCAUUGACAAUUUCAUCCAAGCAGUGAAGAAUCAGAAUGUCCUGGUAGAAGUUGUCUCUGGCAAAAAUGUCAGUGACCAACUAGUGCACAAUGGGGCUAUAAAGGUAGCCCUUGAAGACAAGAAAUACAGAUUCACACUUAUGUGCCACAUGGAAGUGACCAAUUGCUUUCCGGUGCUUGUCAACAUCAUCAGCAAUGCACGCCUGCGAAUGUUAAAUUCCGCUGCCCAUAUUCGAAUCUGGAGUCAUAUAUUUCUAUUUCAAUUUAGUAGCAAACAGCUAUGGACGUUUUUCAGUAACUUGUGCUUGUUUGGGGUAAUUGUAUACCCUACCUUUCCAGCACAUUUUGCGAUGAUGAGCAUUCGUUACUACAAGAUAAAAACUCGUUCUCAGUUGCGGAUCUCAGGACUCUUUCCUUCUGCCUUUUGGUGUGGAUUAGCUCUGGUGGACGUCCCUCUGCAUUUAAUUAUCCUCCUCCUGCUGCUUUGGCCGUGGCUCAGACUAUUAGACAUUGUGGGACCUCAUGGCCAUACCAUCACAAUUUUUUGUUUGGUGUCAUUUCUGUUUGGCUACAGCACGUCGAUGGUCUUAUUCCUAUAUGUAAUUGCCUUUGUGUUUCGCAACAAAUGGCAUACUAGCAGUUUUUGGUCAUUCAUCUUAAUCUUGGUGAACGUGCUUGCUAUGAUUAUUGGAAUCCUUGGACAUUCACAUUAUGCACAUUAUCUACUAACAUUAAUUCUUCCCCUGUUUCCAGUAACAGGAUUUAUAUUAGCUUUCACAUGGUCAUUGACUGAAUGGUCUUAUGAGGAAGACGCAUCAAUAUUGAUCUGGGUGGCUUCUGUUAUGCCUUACUUCCACAUUUUGGUCCUCAUUCUUUUACUUCGCUGUCUGGUGGCGAAAUAUGGCAGGCCAGUUAUGAGAAGAGAUCCUGUGUUUAGGAUUUCUCCACAGAGAAAGGGCAGCCAUCAGAACCUGGAAGAGGCCAGUCAGGGCGAUGAUAGAGAUGUUCAAGACGAAAGGGCAAGAGUUCAGAGUGCACUGGCCUCUGCAAAUCAGGAAGAGAGACCAGUCAUCCUAGUCAGCAACUUGCGCAAAGAAUACAGAAGUGAGAAGGCUUGUUCCUGUGGCAAGAAAACCAAGACGCUGGGAAAAGUGGCCACCAAAAGUGUCUCCUUCUGUGUUAAAAAAGGAGAAAUUUUGGGGCUACUUGGACCCAAUGGAGCUGGUAAAAGUACAACAAUGAAUAUGAUAACAGGAGACACAGAUCCAACAGCUGGACAGGUCCUGAUGAAAGGAGCUGAUGCAGCUGCAACGGAAGAAAAUGCUGUCGGUUUUCUUGGCUACUGUCCCCAGGAGGAUGCCCUCUGGCCCAGUCUGACUAUUAAAGAACAUCUGGAGAUUAAUGCAGCUGUGAAAGGGAUGCAGAAAGAUGCAGCUGGUGUAGCUAUCAGUCGAAUAGUUCACGCGCUAGAACUCCAGGGCCAUUUGAAAACGGCAACUAAGGCAUUACCCGCUGGACUGAGAAGGAAAUUAUGCUUUGCCCUGAGCAUGCUGGGCAAUCCUGCAGUGAUGCUAUUAGACGAACCAACAGCAGGAAUGGAUCCCAAAGGAAAGCGCCAGGUGUGGAAAGCAAUCCUCACUGCACUGAAGGAGAAAGAACAAGGAGCCAUUUUGACAACUCAUCACAUGGAAGAAGCUGAGGCAGUGUGUGACAGAGUAGCCAUCAUGGUGACUGGACAGCUCAGGUGUCUUGGUUCUAUUCAGUAUCUGAAAAGCAAAUUUGGCAAAAAUUAUUUGCUCCAAAUAAAAGUUAAGGGAGUGGACCAUGGAGAGCUUCUGAAUACUCAUAUUCUUCAGAUCUUCCCACAUGCAGCUCGUCAAGAAAGGAUAUCCACUUUGUUGGCCUACAAGAUCCCAAUGGAAGAUGCGCUGCCUCUAUCAAAGGCCUUCUCCAUGUUAGAGGAAGCUAAACGAAGCUUCAGCUUUGAGGAGUACAGCUUUUCUUUGAACACCUUGGAGCAGGUUUUCCUAGAACUUGUCAAAGAGCAGGAACGUGAUUGUUUCGAGCCGUCUCUCAGCACAGCCUUUGAAUGGCAACAACUGCAGCAGGCUGGUGUUUGAGUAAGUGCUGGUCCCUUGAAACAAGAAGGAUCUAGCAGCCCGUCUCUGAAUAAUGUCUUGUCUCCUUUGGCAAGUGAUACUGGAGUCCAGCCUCUUGACGGGAGGACUUUACAUGUACUGUAUAUUCUGGCGUAUAAGACUACUUUUUAAUCCAGGAAAA